ACUCAAGACAACACGUUAUCAUUUUUCUUAUCAGACCUAUUUUUUUUUCUGACCCUUCCGUGAACAAUGUCGACUGAUUUCCUGGACGAAUUUCUCUCAUAUUUCCCUGAUGAUCCGAAUCAACCGAAACUUGGCGCCGAUUCAAGCGCAAAGAUACCAACCACGGUGAAUUGGAUGCUGGAUGAAUUAUUCCACGCACAUUCCGAUGAUUUGCCAAAGGACUGUCAGAUGCAACCAUGUCUGCUGGAAGAUGAUGAUGAUGAUGACGUCCUGGAAGAAGAACAACAAAACAGUGUGUCCAUUGACCAGUUCCCUGGAACCCCUGAGGUUGACCAUACCAUGAACAUCAAUAAGCUAGAACGACCUCCAAAUAUGUCAGCCGACCAUGUGUUAUCUUCUCUGCAUGGAAGAAAAGAUUCUUUCUCGUCCGACACAGUCCCUGAGCUACAAUCACCCGAUAGCGAUACGGAUUCUGAUUCCGAUGUGGAAGCCUUGGCCGAUUAUCCUUACGCCAACGAUGCGCCUAUUCUCUUGGAAUCAUCCAUUGCCUCCAGUUUUUGUACGUUCGAUGAUGACCCCGUUCAAUGGCCCGCAUUCCCAGAGGAUAGGCCCUGGUUACGACGAUCGAAGCGCAGAUCUCUCCUACGUCUCGCAAGACCGUCGCUGCAGAGCCUGUUCACCAAAUUCAGUAGCAAAACGAGUGUGCCCACGGUAGCGGAGAAGCCGCGUAAGAGGCUGUCAGCUUCUCAACGACUCACCCAGUUCUUCCGACGUCAUUAAGACGCCAUGUGCCUCUAGACCCUUUUUCUGAAUGGCAAACUUGCCUCUAGCAGUUGCCAAUCUUUUUCGUUGUAAAUAAUAAAUAUCAUUCGCAUUUUGUACAUCUUUACCAAAACUUCCCGUCCAUUAAAACACAUUGACGGUCACACGCAUAGAACCGAUGAAAAUAAAUCAGAAAGACCA